AUGAAUAUUAUCUUUUCUAAUUUUGUUGAUGGUCAUGGCUCUAAUUUGUCAUCUGACUAUGGUGAUGACUCUGAGGAUUUAGUGAUCAUUGGUGAAAAAAGUAGUAAAAGUAACAAAGGAAAGACAAUUGAAGCCACUCAUCAGAUUGUGGAAGUGUCUAAUAGUAGUUUCUGUCAAUCUGACGUGGAAAAUUUUGGAUCAGUAAGUGGGACCGAGACUUCUAAUGGUUACCCUUCGGUAUCUCAUGAUUUAAUCAAUAUUGAUUGUCAUGGCUCUGACCUAUCAUAUGAAGAUGGUUACAACUGUAAGGAUUUAGUAAUAAUUGGUGAAGAAGUCUGUCAAAGCAACAAAGGGAAACAACUCGAAGCCCUUCAUCAAGUUGUGGAAGUGUCUGAUUAUACUUCUUGCCAGUCUGCUGUGAAAAGUUUUGGAUCAGUCAUUGUGCACGACGUGAUGGACAUUGAUGAUGAUGAUGACGACGACGACUCUGAUGAUUUAGUGAUAAUUGAUGAAGUUAGUAAAAGUAAAAAGGAGAAGACCAUUGAAACCAUUCAUCAAGCAGUGGAACAAUUGGAUAAUGUUGAUAUACCGUGUGGAAUUGAAGCACCUGUUACUUUGUUGCCAGAAUCUGACCUUGAUUCAAAGAAGAAAAAUACAUCUGAAAGUAAUUCCUUGCACGAUACACAGUCAGACGCUACAAAUAGUCAUGUGACGACAUCCUCUCAGACUUCUCGGUCAUUAGAAUCCAACUACUCCCGAAUCUAUGGUUUAGCUAGCAAUCCAUACAAGCCACCGGCUUCCACUAAUUUUGAAAGUGCUACAAAGGCAGCUAGCAUUUGCAAUUCAUAUUCCAUGAAUCAAGUGCACAUGGAUAAUAUCGAUAUACCAGGAAGAACUGAAGUACGUUUUACUUUGUUUAGUGAAUCUGGCAUAGGUUUAAAGAGUACAUUUGAAAGUAGUACCCGGUAUAAUACUCAAUCAGAAGCUACAAAUAGCAAUCCAAGCAAGCCACCAACUUCCAAUAAUUUUGUAAAUGCUACGAAGGUAGCUAGUGCUUGCAACUCAUCUUCCAUGAAUCGGACACAAUUGAAUGAUACACAAUCACAAGCUUCAAAUAGUUCUUCAACUACCUCAUCUCGGUCUUCUCAAUCAUUGGAGCGCGACAACUUAAAAAAUCAAGGAUCUACUAUGGGGGCUUCUAACUUGCAAAACAAAAUAGAUAAUACAUAUCAGUCUACGAGGAUACACUUGUUUCCUCCUUCUCCAUUAUUUUAUCAAGCUACUCCAAAUAAGAGGAAGUCAACUGCACCAAACUCAUCAACUUCCGCUAAUUUUGAAAGCGGUAAAAAGGCACGCUUGGAUCAUGUUGAUAUACCUUGUGGAGUUGAGACACCUUUUACUUCGUUUUCAGAAUCUAACCUAGGUUCGAGGCAGAGUACAUUUGCAAGUUGUACCCGAUAUGAUACUCAAUCAAAAGCUACAAAAAGUCAUUCGACAACUUCCUAUCUGGCUUCUCGGUCAUUAGAACACGACAACUCCAACAAUCAAGGAUUUACUACCGGUGGUUCUAAUUUACAAUGUAAUUCGACAACUUUCUUGUCUUCUCGUCCAUUAUAUUAUCAAGCUAGACCAAAUCCGCCAACUUCCACUAACUUUGAAAGUGCUAAAAAGGCACGCUUGGAUAAUGUUAAUAUACCUCGUGUAGUUGAGGAACCUUUUACUUUGUUACCAGAAUCUAUCCUAAGUUCGAGGCAGAGUACAUUUGAAAGUAGUACUCAAUAUGGCACACAAUCAAAAACUACAAGCAGUCAUUUGACAACUUCCUCUCAACCUUCUCGGUCAUUAGAGCGCAACAACUCCAAAAAUCAAGGAUCAACUAUGGGUGGUUCAAGUUUGCAAAACAAAAUAGAUAUCACAUAUUAUUCUACCAGGAUAAACUUGUCUUCUCCUCCUCCAUUAGUUCAUCAAGCUACCCCUAAUAAGAGGAAAUCUAUUGCACAAAAUCCAUCAACUUCCGCUAAUUUUAAAAGCGCUAAAAAGGCCCGUUUGGAUAAUGUCAAUAUAUCUCGUGAAAUUGAGCCACCUUUUACUUCAUUUCCUGAAUCUAACCUAGGUUCAAGGAAGAGUACAAUUGAAAGUAGUACUCGGCAUGGCACAAAAUCAAAGGCUGCAAAUAGUUAUUUGAUGGCCUCCUCUCAACCUUCUCGGUUAUCAGAGCCUGCUCACUCCAAAACCCCGGGAUCUACUAUGGGUAGUCCUACUUUGCAAAUCGAAAUGGAUAAUGAUGAUCACUCUUUUGGCAUAGGGUUGUCUGCUUCUCAAUUAUAUUCCCGAGCUGCUCUUAGUAAAGAGAAAUCAGCUGCACCACAACGUGCUCAAUCAUCUAACUCAAAGACGUUUUCGAAUCCCUUCCACGCUCCAACACAAUCUGUUAGGUUUGGUUCAAAAAACCAUGGUUUGUUUCGAAAUCCAGAGGCCACGGAGCCACCAACUUCCACUAAUUUUCAAAGAGCUAAGAAGUCACCUAAUAUUUGUACUUUAUCCUCCAUGAAUCAGGAACCUUUUACUAUGUUUAGUUCUUAUAUGGAAUUGCCUUCUCCUCCAUUAUUUCCUCAAACAGUCUCUUGUAAGAAGAAAACUACAAGUGGUAAGAAGGCAACAUGCAAUAGCUCUAAAGAAAGUCAUGCGACGAGCUCCUCUAAGCCUUCUCGGUCAUUAGGUUCCGGAUUGUCUUCUCCUCUAUUAUUAACUCAAGCUGUCCCUAGUAAGAAGACAUCUGAAGCUGCCUCUAGUAAGAAGAAAUCUGAAGCUGCCACAAGUAAGAAGAAAUCAGAUCCUCCUAAGAAGCUGCUACAAGGAACAGGGUUAUCUUCUCUAUUAUUAACUCAAGGUGCCACUAGUAAGAAGAAAUCUGAAGCUGCCUCUAGUAAGAAGAAAUCUCAAGCUGCCACUAGUAAGAAGAAACCAGAUUCUCCUAAGAAGCUGCUACAAGCAACAGGGUUGUCUUGUCCUCUAUUAUUAACUCAAGGUGCCACUAGUAAGAAAUCUGAAGCUUCGUCUAGUAAGAAGAAAUCCCAAGCUGCAUCUAGUAAGAAGAAAUCAGCUUCCCCUAAGAAGUUGCAAGCAAGCAAGUCAUCAACUGCCCCCAAAUCUAAAAGUUGUAAGCAGAUAGCUGGCAUUACAGGCUCCUCUCAGCUUUCUCGGUCAUUAGUGCUCUGUAACUCUUCUGCAAUAGAGUCGUCUUCAUUAGUGCUCGGUAACUCUUCUGCAAUAGAGUCGUCUUCAUUAGUGCUCGGUAACUCUUCUGCAACAGAGUCGUCUUCUGUAGAUGCUCCCAGUUGUCUUCUCCUCGAGUAUAAAUGGCAAGUGCUAUAA